GAGGAGAGGAGGAUGGCGAAGAAGAAGAGGGAGAAGAUCAGUGUAGCCAAAGAGAUAGAUGGGAUGGAAGAGCGGCUGGCCGCCUGCAGGGACAGCCUGGAGGACGUUGACUACAAGCUACGUAAAAUGGAGCUGACGGAGGAGGGGAGAAAAUCUUUAGAAAAAGAGAAGAAUUCUCUGACCAACAAGAUGUCUCAUUAUGAGAAAGAGCUGAAAUCCCUGCGUCACGAGAACCGCAAGAACAUGCUGCUGUCCGUCGCCAUCUUAACGUUCAUCGUGUUGGUCUAUUACUGCUGGACCAUGUGA